CUGAGGCGCAACCGCUAGGUGGGAGCUGUCAACUUCGCGUGCGGCGGACCGAACGGGCGAUGGGCCGCUUGGGCCGGCUGCUGCUGUGGCUUAGAGCCGCGGGCGCCGUUCUCUGCUCCAGCUCAGAGUCCCAGACGCCUUUUCCAUUAUCCUCGCCUCUGCCAACUCCCAGCGCCCGGGACCCGAAAGUCACCGCCCUCCCCUUAAAUCCCUCAGGCACCGAGGGAUCUUGGCAGUUCUCUACCUGUGGGGCCAGUGGCCCGCACGGGCCCACACAAGCACAAUGUAAUGGGGCGUACGCGGGGAGCGGCGUGGUGGUGACUGUGGUGCCCGCCGGGCCGUUGAGAGGCGUGCAGCUGUGGCAGGCGCCAGGCCCGGGCCAGUACCUGAUCUCAGCCUACGGAGCUGCGGGCGGCAAAGGCGCCAAAAACCACCUGUCGCGGUCGCACGGCGUUUUCGUCUCGGCAAUCUUCUCCCUGGGUCGUGGGGAGCCGCUUUACAUCCUCGUAGGGCAGCAGGGAGAGGACGCCUGUCCUGGAGGUAGCCCGGAGAGCCAACUCGUCUGCCUCGGAGAAUCUCCAGCCGCUGAAGAGCGCGCAGCGAUGGAUGGGACCGAAUUGGUCCCAAAGUCGCGGCGAUGGGCAGGAGGUGGCGGGGGGGGUGGUGGCGCCACCCACAUCUUCCGGCUGCGCGCCGGCGAGCUGGAGCCACUGCUGGUGGCGGCCGGAGGCGGCGGUCGGGCCUACCUGAGGCAGCAGGGCCGAGGCUGGGCUCAGACGGUCCCUGAGAAACUGGAGAACCGCUCAGCGGCGCCCGGGAGCGACGGGAGAGGCGGAGCGGCCGGUGGAGGGGGCGGCUGGACGUCGCAGGCUCUGUCCGCAGAGGGUGGCCAGGGCUGCGCAGAGGCCUGGGCUACACUUGGCUGGGCCGCGGCUGGUGGCUUUGGAGGCGGCGGAGGGGCCUGCAGCGCUGGCGGAGGUGGCGGCGGCUACCGGGGGGGUGACGCCUCAGAGACUGACAACCUCUGGGCUGAUGGGGAAGAUGGGGUAUCCUUCAUACACCCCAGCAGCGAACUCUACCUGCAGCCUCUGGCAGUUACAGAAAGCCAUGGAGAGGUAGAGAUCCGAAGGUACUUCAACUGUAGUCAUUGCCCUUUGAGAGAUUGCCAGUGGCAGGCUGAGCUCCAGUUGGCUGAAUGCCUGUGCCCGGAGGGCAUGGAGCUAGCUGUGGAUAACGUCACCUGCAUGGACCUGCCCACCUCCCCAGGCCUUCUGGUUCUAAUGGUGGUGACCUCAACAUUGAGCCUCCUUAUGGUGUGUGGGGUCCUGAUUCUGGCAAACCAGAAGUGUCAGGGUCUGUGGGUAAUGAAGCAGCCAGGCCCUGAGCUUGAACUGAGCAAGCGACCAACCUCUGCCAUCAGGACAGCUGCCAACCCCUAUUACUACCAGGUGGGGCUUGGCCCAGCUCAGUCCUGGCCUCUGCCCCCAGGGCUUACAGAGGUUUCCCCAGCCAAUGUCACUUUGCUGAGAGCUCUGGGUCACGGUGCCUUUGGGGAGGUGUAUGAGGGACUGGUAAUUGGCCUUCCUGGGGAUUCCAGACCACUGCAGGUGGCUAUUAAGACUCUGCCAGAAUUCUGUUCUCGUCAAGACGAGUUGGACUUCCUGAUGGAGGCACUCAUCAUCAGCAAGUUUAGCCAUCAGAACAUCGUGCAGUGUGUGGGGCUCAGCCUCCAGGCUGCCCCCCGCUUCAUUCUGCUGGAGCUGAUGUCUGGAGGGGACAUGAAGAGUUUCCUGAGGCAUAGCCGGCCACACCUGGGCCAGCCGUCAACUCUAGUCAUGCAGGACCUGCUGCAGCUGGCCCAGGACAUAGCCCAGGGCUGCCACUACCUGGAGGAAAAUCAUUUCAUCCACAGGGACAUCGCUGCCCGGAAUUGCCUGCUGAGCUGCACUGGGCCCAGCCGAGUGGCCAAGAUUGGGGACUUUGGAAUGGCAAGAGAUAUCUACCGGGCCAGUUAUUACCAUAAGGGGGACCGGGCCUUGCUCCCAGUCAAGUGGAUGCCCCCAGAAGCCUUCCUGGAGGGCAUCUUCACAUCCAAGACAGACUCCUGGUCUUUUGGGGUGCUGCUCUGGGAGAUCUUCUCACUGGGCUACAUGCCCUACCCUGGGCGCACCAACCAGGAGGUGCUGGAUUUCAUUGUUGCAGGGGGCCGGAUGGAUCCUCCUAGGGGCUGUCCAGGGCCAGUGUACCGCAUCAUGACCCAGUGUUGGCAGCACCAGCCUGAACUCCGGCCCAACUUUGCCAGCAUUUUGGAGCAUCUUCAAUACUGCACUCAGGACCCCGAUGUGCUGAAUUCACCCCUGCCAGUGGAGCUGAGGCCCACCCUGGAAGAGGAUGGGGCUUUUGGGCUGGGGAACAGAUCUUUGGAGGGCCCCAAAUCCCCACAGCCCCAGGAGCUGAGUCCAGAGGGCAUGAAAAGCUGGGGAGGGAGCCCUCUUGGGCUGCCCUCUGCAGUCAAGCCCCUCAAACCCAGAGGACUCCAACCUCAGAACCUUUGGAAUCCCACCUAUGGCUCCUGGGCCCCACGAGGCCCUGAGAGUGAGGACUCAGGUAUUGAUGGUAGGGAUGGCUCCUUUCUCUACUCCUUAUCAGGCUUCUAAGUGGCUUGUUAUUCCACCAGCCUCUGUCCCCUGCAGUCUGCAUGUCUGGACCUGUCUCAGGGCUAGCUUGGCAGCACUGGACUUUCCAUGCUGGAAACCAACUCCAGGCCUCCUGGGGAAGGGCCAGACCAUUUCUAGCCUUUGAUGUUUGGGACCAGAACCCCUUCCCAUUCCCAUCCCCAGGGAGUCCUGGUCCUCUAAGAAUAUCCUUCAUCUGAACAGUUCCCAACUUUGCAGAUGCUUCCAAUAAAAAGCUCCUCUCACAUC